AUGUUUGUCACUCUUGACAGAGCAUACUACCAAGAAGUUGGCAAGAACUUCAAGCCACUAAAGUACUACACGAGCUCAACAUAUAAGAAAAUGGCGUCCCGAGUACAAGACCGUCGUGAGUACGAUGUAGAGUGCCAAGGACACGCUGGCCGAAGGUGA